AUGGGUUUACUAAAGAACCCUCUUCGAUCUAGCAAGCCGAAGCUCCCACUUUACCAAAAAGUGAACUCACCAACCAAAGAACGAUAUUCGGACGACGACUACUCUACUACCGAUGAUGAGAGUGACUAUGAAGAUGAACCUUACUCGCCCGAGAGCUCUUCGGCUGGCUCGUCAAGACAUACAUCUGGAUCUGCAAACAGUGGACUCUUAAUGCUUCCCAGCCACCAGAAGAAGCCUCUUCCUCUUCGACGGAGGAUCGCUAAAGUCUACCCCUACCGAGUGCCAAACAAGGUCACACGUUGGCUGUUCUGCACAGUAAUAACGUUCAUCAUUGUUAUGGUUCUAAGUCUAGUCCGCGCCAGUCAAGUCGAGAACUGGAAGGUUGCCAAUGGCAAGGUCGACAACAGACCGCCCCCACCGCCACCUGCAUGGGAGAAGUUCCCUUUCCUGGAGAGAUACUAUGGUGGACUCAAGACCUUGGCCACUUUCGAGGAAGUCAAGCCCGAGUGGCCUCAUGUCAAGAACGAGCCCGAGAGCAAUGACUGGAACAAGCUGAACGAGAUCAAGGGCGGCAAGGAAGGCGACAAGGAUAAGGACAGUGAGGAGACCGACAAGGCCACUACUGAAGAGAUUGAGGCCGAGGCUCAAGGAACCAAGGCUCCUAAGAAGGAGACCAGGGACGAAUCUAAGGCCAAGGACGACACCAAAGAUGACUCUAAGGACACCAAGGAGGACAAGUCAAAGGACGAACCCCAAAUUCCCCAGAAGAAGCUCGCCAAGAGCAACGACUGGAGUGGUUACUUGAACAAGACCGAAGAGACAGGCAUGAAGGAAUGUUUCCUGGAUGUUGAUGGCACAGUCCGAGUCCCUCAACUGCGAUACUACAAGGGCCGUCCCCAAGGCUUCCCCGAGCACGCCAUUGGAUCCUACGAGACCCUGGAUCUGCCCGAGGACAUUUGCUUUGAUCGUUACGGCCGCUAUGGUCCCUACGGAUUCGGCUACUCCUCACGCAACGGUGGUCUCAGCGUUGGUGAGCAUGGCCAGAAGGAGGGUUCAGAUGCUGUCUGGGAAAACACACCUCGCGUGGAUUACCGACAGAUUGACUGGGCUGAUGUUCAGCGACGUUGCUUCAAGACCAACCAAGCUCGCUUCAAGGAGUUGCCUGAUAAGACUCAGACUCCUCACGGUUUCUUCGCCUAUGAGCCUAAGCCUAAGGCCCUCCCUAGCUCUACCCUCGCGCGCCGGGGUGUUGAAGAGGAGAAGCCUAAGACCGGAAAGGAAACUGCUACCCCUAAGGUCGAAACUGCAAAGACACAAGAGGCUCAGCCUAAACAGACUAGUUCUGAGGAGAUCAAAUCUAAGGCCCAAGAGCCAAAGACUGCCGAGUCCAAGGUUGGAAGCUCAAAGGCUGAAGCAACCAAGGCUGCAACACUCAAGCCUGAACAAUCUGUUACCAAGGAGUCUCGACCUGAGAAGCCCAAAUCCGACAACACUGAGACCGAGUCCCAGGAUACUGAGGAGCCAGAAGCUCCCAAGGUCGAGUCACCCAAGGCCUCUGGAGGAUUGUCACGAACAGCCGUCGUCGUGCGCUGCUGGGACGAAUACAACUGGCGCGAGGAUGACAUUGCUCACCUUCGAUCUCUCAUCACCGAACUUGCUGUGACCUCUGGUGGACGUUACGAUAUCCACCUGCUUGUCCAGGUCAAGAAUGAAGCCGCCCACCCUGUGUGGGCAGACGAGAGAAUCUACCAGGAACGCAUUGAAGAGUCUAUCCCUGAGGAGUUCCGAGGCCUCGUGACUCUCUGGUCAGAGACUCAGAUGCUUGCUCUUUACCAGGGUAUCUACGACCACUUUACUCGUGGUCCCGAUCUGCCCGUUCACGGUGUCUACCGCGGUCUCUCCAUGGCUAUGCAAUACUUCGCCCACAAGCACCCUGAGUACGACUACUUCUGGCAGUGGGAGAUGGAUGUGCGCUACACUGGCCACUACCACGAUCUCUUCAGCAAGCUUGAGAACUGGUCCAAGGCUCAGCCCCGUAAGGGUCUCUGGGAGCGCAACUCUCGCUUCUACUUCCCCAGCAUCCACGGUAGCUGGGAGGAUUUCUCGCAGAUGUCUCGUGUUCAGAGCCAGAUGGGAACUGUUAGUGCUGACAACGUCUGGAAGGGUGUUCCUGGCUUUGAUGGCAAGACUCCUGACCACGAUACCAAAGGCCACCGCACUGUUUGGGGACCUCUUCGCCCCAAGGACGAUGAUGAUUGGUUUGAGCCUGGCAAUGAUCCCGUUGCUCCUACAUCUUAUGAGAAGGAUCACUACCAGUGGGGUGUUGGUGAGGAAGCCGACUACAUUGCGCUCAACCCUAUCUUCAACCCUGACGGUACAACUUGGGGCCUCAAGGAUGAUAUCACUGGUUUCAACCGAUCAGACGGACUCCCCCCUCGCCGCGCCAACAUCAUCACCACUGCGCGUAUGUCUCGCCGCCUGUUGACGACCAUGCACAAGAUGACUGCUUUCAAGAAGCAAUUCGCCUUCCCUGAAAUGUGGCCUGCCACUGUUGCUCUCCAGCACGGCUACAAGGCUGUCUCCGUCCCUCACCCAGUUUAUGUCGACAGAGCCUGGCCCCCUGCCUACAUGGCCCAGGUCUUCAACAACGGCCGAGAUGGCACAAGCGGUGGUUCUCGCACCAGCAUCUUUGGUGACCGCGAGCACAACAUGCACGGUCUCUCCUGGUUCUACAACUCAGGCUUUGCACCCAACAUGUACCGUCGCUGGCUGGGUCUCCGAGUCAACAACGAUGGCGGCGAGGAGUUUGAGGGUACUGAAGACAAGAGCAAGAAGGGUAAGGGAGUCGGCAAUAUGCGUGGUGGUGAGGGCAGAAUGUGCCUGCCUCCUAUGCUGCUACAUCCCGUCAAGGAUGUUGAGUUGCCUGUUGAAGCUCCAGAAGCUGAUGCUGAGCAGGGUAAAGCUCCCGCAUCUGAUCCUGGAGCCUAA